AUGGGUUUAUCCCCAGGCCUAGCGUACCUUUUGAGAACUUUACCUUAUUUCGCAGUUCCUUCGGCUGUGACUUAUGCCACGCUCAAGGUUCUACUGCGUCAAACAGACACGGCAUUGCCUACCCCAGUUAUCGUUUUCUUGUCUCUUUUAGCAAGACCGGUUCUCUUUUUCUACAACCUCUACUACUCCGAAUGGGCGGAUAACAAAGCGGCUGCUGUACAUGGCGCUAUCAUUGUUCCAAAGGUACAAGAACCGCUACUCUCAGUCGUCUCCAAGUUUGCAGAAUCCUUCCAAGGCGGUUAUCCUGGGGUUUUCAACUCAGACGGUGACAUGUGGAAAUUUCACCGUGCAAUGUCUAGGCCUUUCUUCAGUCGAGAGCGAAUAAGCGAUUUCCACAUUUAUGACCGUAAUGCAACAAUAUCGCUGCAGAUGGCCAAGAAGAGGUUGGCUGAAGGAUAUUCCAUUGACUUUCAGGAUCUUAUUGCUCGAUUUACUCUUGAUUCGGCUGCUGAGUUUCUUUUUGGAGGGAGUGUCGAAUCGCUCUCUGCUGGAAUGCCAUACCCUGGUCAAGAAUCCUCGAAAGAGAAUUCAUCACUUCAUGAUCAUCCAGCCAGCAUUUUUGCCGAUUCGUUCAUGGAAGGAUUACAUCACACUGUCAUGCGAAUUAGAAUGGGUGAUGCGUGGCCACUGGAUGAGCUCAUGAGUGAUAGAGUGCUUCCUUUCCGGAAGGCUAUGGACGUGUUCAUAGACCCUCUAAUGAAAAAAGCCCUAGACAAAAGAGAGCAGCAGUUACUUAACGAUAAAUCCCCGGACGAAGAAGAGGAGGAAACAUUUAUUUCGCAUCUGGUAACGGAGCCAUAUUACUCAAGCCUAGCCACUACAGGCGCUAAUACGCUAUCUUCCAUUUUAGAUCCCAAAGUUAUCAAGGAUGAACUCAUCAAUCUUCUUCUUGCUGGACGUGAUACAACUAUGUGUCUUCUAAGCUUUGCCGUAUAUAUGCUUGCAGAGCAUCCAGAUAUCGAAACGCGUCUUCGUAAUGAGAUCUUGGAAAAGGUGGGUGCAAAUGAGACUCCGACAUACGACCAGAUGCGAGAGAUGAAGUACAUGAGGGCAUUCUUAAAUGAGGUUCUCCGGCUCUACCCCCCUGUACCUGCUGACUCAAGAAUCAGCACUAAGGCAACUGUGUUGCCCUCUAAAAAAGCUGGAGGAAAGCCGAUUUACGUACCAGCCAAUACGACUGUACUGUAUUCGGUAACCAACAUACACCGCAGGGAGGAUCUCUGGGGUCCAGAUGCCUUAAAAUUCGACCCUGACAGGUUCAUAGAUGAGAGGCUCAAGAAGUACUUCACUCCAAAUCCAUUUAUCUUUUGCCCCUUCAAUGCCGGUCCUAGAAUUUGUAUUGGUCAACAAUUUGCCUAUCAUGAAGCAACGUUCUACCUCGUUCGCCUCUUACAACAAUUUACGGAAUUUUCUUUGGAUCAAUCUGCCAACACUCCUCCUCCCGCUGAGUGGAAAUUUGGAGACAACCUGAAAGGGACAGAAAAGAUCUUUCCCAUGGCGCAUGUAACCAUGUACAUCAAGCUGCUCUCAUCGGAAGUAUCUCUAUAG